AUGCCGAGAUACGCCAAAGAUCAGCCCACCGGCUUCAGCAACGCCAUCGAGCGAGUCGCUAUUGUCGGAGCCGGAGGCACAGUUGGAUCGCACAUCACCGCAGCCCUCCUCAAGACCGGGAAACACACAGUCACGGCCCUUUCCCGCAAAGACAGUCCCAACAAACUCCCCGCGGGCGUCCUAGUCGCCCCAGUCAACUACGACGACCAGGCUUCUAUUGUCGCCGCCCUCAAGGACCAGCAGUUCCUGAUCAUAACCAUGUCACCUAUCGCGCCCCGCGACGCCCACAGCAAGCUCGUCCAGGCCGCCGCUAAAGCCGGUGUUCCCUACGUGAUGCCGAACGGGUACGGCGGUGACAUUGACAACGUCAAACUCGGCGAGGAGACACUACUGGGCCCGGUCGCCAUCGCCAAUCGAGCCGAGAUCGAGAAACUCGGCAUGCAGUGGAUCACCGUGUGUUGUGGCUUCUGGUACGACUACAGCUUGGCGGGCGGCGAGGCACGAUUCGGGUUCGACUUUGACAAACGCUCCCUGACCAUCUACGACGACGGAAACACCAAAAACACCACAUCCACGUUAUCGCAGGUCGGACGGGCCGUGGCCAAGGUACUGAGCCUCAAUGAGCUUCCAGAAGACGAGAAUGACCAGAGCCUUACGCUGUCGACGUUCCUCAACAAAGGCGUGUACAUCAAGAGCUUUGUCGUCAGCCAGAACGAGAUGUUUGAGAGCGUCAAGCGUGUUACCGGAACCACUGACGCGGACUGGAGAGUCACGCACGAGGCCACGAAGAAGCGAUACGAGGAAGGACUGGCGCAGGUUAAAGGUGGGAACAUGGCUGGUUUUGGUAAAUUGCUCUACGCAAGAGCGUUUUACCCGGAUGAUGCGAGCAACUUUUCGGCCAAGGCGCAGAAUGAAAUACUUGGGUUGCCGGAGGAGACUUUGGAUGAAGCUACAAAGGUCGGGAUCGAUAUGGUGAAGGAGCUACAGAGCCGUGCUGAGCGUAUGGCUUCCUGA